UUCAUGGUGGUCGAAUGAACGGUUUAUUGUGUCUGUAAAUUUAUUUUGCUGUUUUUUCCCGGACAAGAUCGCGCGAUCUUUGAUAUAAAGUGAGGCGGGGAUUAUUGAUAAGUGUUGUCGUUGCUGCGUCGUCGGGUUUUAUGCCUCUAGUUGCAGACAAGGGAGACUUAACUAGGUUUUAAACAACAUUAUUCAAAAAUGAAGGUGAAGGAAAUUGCCAGAACAGCGAAUAUUGCAUGGAGUCCUGCAUCCCAUCAUCCAAUAUAUCUUGCAGCAGGAACUGCAGCACAGCAACUAGAUGCCACAUUUAGCACCACAGCAGCCUUGGAGAUUUUUGCUCUUGAUCUUACAAGCGGUGACAGAGAAAUGCCUGUGAAAGGCAAACUUUCUUCUGAGCACAGGUUCAAUAAAUUAGUCUGGGGUACAUAUGGUAUGGAGAAAGAAGAAACACCCAACGGGAUAUUGGUUGGUGGAACCGACAGUGGUGAUUUGGUUAUGUGGAAUCCUUUGAAAAUACUGAAUGGAGAGAUAGAAGAUGCGGUCUUGUUUCAAAGUGAUAAACAUACAGGUGCUGUGCAAGCGCUGGAUCUCAAUCCAUUUCAACCAAACCUCAUUGCCUCAGGUGCUUCUGAUUCUGAAAUCUACGUGUGGGAUCUUAAAUCCCCAGACAAUCCCCACUCACCUGGAGCUAAAUCACUCCCCCCUGAUAAUAUAAGUUGUCUGGGAUGGAACAGACAAGUUACGCAUAUCCUUGCGUCAACAUCACCCUGCGGACGCUGUGUAGUGUGGGACCUGAGGAAAAACGAGCCCAUUAUUAAAGUCAGCGACCAAGGAUCCAUGGCUCGUUUGAAAGCUAUAGAAUGGCAUCCAGAAGUGGCAACGCAGAUGGUUCUCGCUUCUGAAGACGAUAGAUGUCCUGUCAUUCAGAUGUGGGAUCUUAGAUACGCAACAUCGCCAAUGAAAGUACUCGAGAGACAUCAAAGAGGUGUUCUGUCAAUCGCUUGGUGUCCACAGGACCCUGAACUUCUCAUGAGUUGUGGCAAGGAUAGCCGAAUUCUUUGUUGGAACCCCAGCAGCAAUGAUCCACGAGGAGAGGUUGUGUACGAGUUACCAUGCCCUGCUCAAUGGAGUUUUGACGUGAAAUGGUGUCCACGAAACCCGAAUAUGAUUUCUACACCUUCUUUUGACGGCCACAUUAGUGUUUACUCCCUGAUGGGUGGUGGUGUUGCUGAUCACAGUGGAAUUGACCAGAAGAUGGUGAAUGAUGCAUUCAAUAUUAAUGAUCCGUUCGCAAGCUCAGUUCAACACCAACCUUCGGAACAGGUUCCUGUAGCCGCAACUCUCAAGAAACCACCGAAGUGGCUGAGAAGACCCUGCGGUGCUUCAUUUGGGUUUGGCGGCAAGUUGAUUUCCUUUGGAAAGACAGCUGAGGCGCCGAUUUCUAAGGUCAAUGUAAGUCAGGUGGUAACAGAAGAAGAUCUCGUCAACCGAUCAAAUUUAUUGGAGGGGGCUCUGGCAUCAGCAAGUUUUGCUGAGUUUUGUCGUACUAAGAUUGAGAGCGGUUCCGAGGGUCUCGAUUCUACUCUGUGGAAUUUCUUGAAGGUGAAUUUCGAAGGCGAGCCGAGAAAACAGUUUCUCACGUUAUUGGGUUACGACCCAAACAACUUGGCUAAAAAGAUUGCUGCCAAAAUGGGAGACAUGCCCUCAACAACUCAGGGUGUUGAUGCAGCAGUACUCGCUCAAAAAAUAAAACACUUGCAAUUACCGAGCUCCACCGGUGAAAGUGGAAGUAGUGACAGUGCCGAUAUAUUUUCUGGUGGAGCGUUGACACCUUCUGUACCGGAUGAUCAAGCAAAGACUCCUGUGACCGAUGGAAUGGAUGCAAGUCUUGUGUUCGACGCUAUUUCAUCAGGAACAUUAGACACUUCAGGUGAUGGCGGUGAAAUACGAAUCACAACACCAUUUUCUAUCCCAACAGACGAUGAGAGUGAUGGUUUGAUCAGUCAGGCUUUGUUGACGGGAAAUUUCGAAGCUGCUGUCGAAGUCUGCUUCCACUGUGAUAGAAUGGCUGAUGCAUUCCUCUUGGCAAUAGCUGGUGGACCCGAAUUGCUAAAAAAAACUCAACAAUUGUAUUUCCAAAAGAAGAAAACCAACCUCAAACGAUUAAUGUCAGUCGUUGUGAACCGUGAUUGGCCAGACGUCGUGAAGAGCUGUAGUCUUGAGAACUGGCGCGAAGCACUCGCCAUCUUGGUGACGUAUGCAAAACCUGAGGAGUUUGCUCCUCUCUGCGAUCUCUUAGGUCAGCGGCUGGAGGCUCAGCAGGACGAGAAUAAUGCUAAUGCUAUGGUGUGUUAUAUCUGCGCAGGAAACGUCGAGAAAUUUGUCUCGUGCUGGUCUAAAACGAUGCCGUCUGAACCUUCCCCUCUGGAACUUCAGAAUCUUAUUGAGAAAGUGAUGAUAUUAAAGAAAGCUGUUGAGAAGGAACGACGUCAAGUGGUGCAGGCCACAAACUCCAACGUUUCGGAAAUGUUAUGUAAAUAUGCUGGUAUUUUGGCAUCUCAAGGAAGUGUUGAGAUUGCGAUGGAGUACUUAAUGGCAGCUAACGAUCAGGAAGAUGUGGCUAUACUUAGAGACCGGUUGUACCACGCUCAGUAUCCCAGUCAUGUGACGUCAUCCAUCAAACCUCCCUCAUUCCCCUUCCCUCGCGUUGAUGUCAAAGCUGCGCCUGCAGUCCAACCCGAGCAACAACCAACUCAAGCUCAGUCAAGCUUUGCACCACCCCAAGCACAAGAAAAUGCUGGUGGACAACAACCAUCUCAAGGUUCAGGCUUUUAUAACCCUGGUAGCUACAAUCCUACCCAGGUGCCUCCAUCACAUGCGCCGAUUUCGUUACCAGGGCAGCACCAGUUCCCGCCUACGCCAUAUUACCAUGGUAACCAACCUCCUUCCCAGGCCAAUGUUGGAUAUCCAUCCCAGCCGAACCCAUCCUACGGAGGAAAUCCUCCACCUAUUUCUCAAGGUGCAGCCCCAAUGAGUAAUCAAUCUCCCUCCCCUGUCCGCUACAAUGCUCCCCCACCGCCCGCUCCUGGUUCACAAACAGGUUAUCCCAGCACUGCCCCUAUUCCAGGAUACGGUAUGUCAAACACCCCAGGCGCUCCUAACUCCUACCCACCACCGCAACCAGGACAGCUAAAUCAGCCUCAUGCAGAAUAUUCACCUCCUACGUCAACGUGGUCAGCGGAUGGCACUCACGCAAUCGCCAAGAAACAUCAGCCAACACACUAUACACCACCAGCACCAAUAACCAUGCCAAUAUUUAAUUCUGCCGAACAGCAACCAGGUCAAACAGGCAACCCUGCAGGUGGUGCGACCUCAAUGGUUCCUCCGGGUAGCGGUGUACCCCCUGGUGCUCCGGGUCCAGUUCAGAAUACCCCGGUAGAGAAAGAGCCAGAACCAGUGAAGGAAGUUAUAAAAGGUCCUAUCCCAGCCGAACAUAUUUCGUUACAAGAGGCCUUUGAUGGUUUGAUCGCCAAGUGUAGAGGAACUGCAAUGAACCAGCAAACGAAGAAGAAACUUGACGAUGUCACGAAGAAACUUGGAGCUCUUUAUGAUAAACUUAGAGAGCAGAAGCUUUCACCUUCAAUUUUGGAUGGUUUACAUAAAAUAGCCCAAGCUUGCCAAGCAGCAGAUUAUGCCAAUGGUUAUCAAGCAUAUACAAAUUUAAUAUCCAGUGGCAGUUUUUCAGAGAUCAGCACGUUUAUGCCUGGAAUUAAAACUUUAAUGCAGGUCGCCACACAAUUGAGAGUGUGAACGUUAGGUCAUUAAAAAUUUAUUUGAAUUACUGAAGAUAUUUUAUUAUACUGGAAGCUAACUUAGGUAUAACGAAUACAUGCAAUGGCUAAUAAAUGUCACUUUACAUA